AUGUCAAAUAUUCGUGUUGCAAUCAGAGUUCGACCACUAAGUAACAGAGAACAAGAGGAUGGCAGCCAAGAAAUAGUUCAGGUCAAUGAAAAUGUAGUCCGGAUCGAAAAUAUUAAGGUCCGUGGAGUUCCAGAGUUUGGUGAUACAGCUCGUGCACGUGCCCGCGACUUCACAUUCGACCAUGUGUACGACAGUGUACAAGGCAACGCUCCAUGCGCAUCGCAGGCUCAGGUCUUCAAUGAUCUUGGUGCAGAGGUUCUCCACAAUGCGUUCGGCGGGUUUAACGCCUGCGUGUUCGCGUACGGGCAGACGGGCUCUGGCAAGACACACACAAUGAUGGGAUAUCCGGGUGACGUAGGGCUCAUUCCAAGAAUUUGUGAGGGUUUAUUUGAGCAUAUCCAAGACAGCGGAGAUGACCAUGUCACUAGUCGUAUCGACAUCAGCUACUUUGAGAUUUACAACGAGCGUGUACGGGACCUUCUCCAGCCCGAUCUGCUAAGACAGAAUGAAAACUACUCGCUUAAAGUCAGGGAACAUCCGAAGGAAGGACCAUAUGUCAAAGGGUUGUCAUGGCAUCGUGUGAAGAACAACGAAGAAAUCCAGGCAUUACUGGAGAAGGGAAAUGAACACAGAGUCACAGCAGAGACGUACAUGCAUGACCAGAGUUCCCGAAGCCACGCGAUUGUUACCAUCAACUUUACACAGGCUCGCCUGGAGGAAAACCGUCCCAGUGAGAUUGUCAGCAAAAUCAACCUUGUCGAUCUGGCUGGAAGUGAGCGUGCAGAUCCAAGCUCAAAACCCGACUUCAGGAAGCGACUCACAGAGGGGGCCAAUAUCAACAAGUCACUUGUCACUCUCGGAUAUGUCAUCAAAACUCUAGCUGAGCGAUCACUCCUGUCUUGGGAAACAGAUGACAUGGGCUCACUCCAGAGUUUUUCUGCCAGUGGGGGAGGGGAGUCCCAGGCUAGCUCCACCCCCUCAGGACCAAAUAAACAACGCAUGCCUUACAUUCCAUAUAGAGACUCUGUUCUUACUUGGUUGCUUAAAGACAGCCUCGGGGGAAACGCUAAAUCCAUCAUGAUUGCCACCAUUACUCCUGCCAGCCAGUAUUACAGUGAAAGUAUUAGCACACUUCGAUACGCCCAGCGUGCCAAAAAUAUCAUCAACAAACCACACAUAAACGAGGACAGCAAUGUAGCGCUGAUUCGAGAACUCAGGAAGGAAAUUGGAAGACUCCAUGGAAUGUUGGCAUCAGCUCAGAAGGCCGGGACAAUAGUCAGUCUUCCAGAAGCAGACAAUGCUGAUAUAGCGGAGAAGCUCCAUGAAAAUGAGGAAAUGGAGUCUGACUUGAGCAUCAGAGGAUUACGAAACCGGUCGAGCUCAAUGGGCGUGAUGAUCGACUCUCAGCUCCCAUACCUAGUCGGCAUGGACGAUGAUGUUCUUAGCACCGGCAUCGUCAUCUUCCAUCUCAAGGAGGGAGAGACGUUGGUAGGUCGAGGGGAUGCCGACGCAGAGAGGGACAUAGUUUUGGAGGGCCCUGGCAUAGAGACUGAGCACUGUGUGAUAGAGAAUGCAACAGGGGAGGUAAUACUGAGGCCCGGCCAGGGGGCCCUGUGUUCUGUCAAUGGUCAGGAAUGUACACAACCAACAAAACUCUCUCAGGGAGAUUAUGUGAUACUCGGGGGAAAUCAGGUCUUCCGUUUCAAUAAUCCUGCUGAGGCUGCCAAACUCAGGGAAAACAGACAAAGUCAAGGCAGCCUCAAUACGCUUGGUGUUGGAUACCCCUCCUACAGCGGGCUCUCUCGGGCGAGCAGCUACAGCUCCAUUGGCGGAGAUGACUCAAACUAUCUAAGCCCGCAGUCUCAACUGGCACGGUCCUACCCAAACCGAGACCUUGAACGACGUUACCAGAGUGAACAAGAGAGGAUUGAGCAAGCAAGGACAGAACUUGAACAACUUAAAAGUGAGCACGAGCGUGCAGAAGAGGCUCGUCAACUUCGGGAAGAGGAAAUGUACGCAGCGCAUGAGCAGCAUCGCGCCGAUAUCGAGGACCAGAAACAUCAGCUUUUACGACUUGUGGAGGAAAAUGAGCGUGCACGUGAAAAAGCAAAGGAAGAGUUGCAGCUCGCACGGGAAAGUCUUGCAAAGGAGAGGGAGGCUUUUCAGAAACAUUUAGAUGGGGAGCGUCAGAAACUUCGUGAACAGCAAAAACUAGAACAACAACAACAACAACAGGGGUCCCAGGGGUCGAUAUCAAUACAAACAGAUCCCUUGUGCACAACGACGACCUGUGUGGGGUCAGAUGAUGGGCUAAGCAGUGGACACAAGGAAAUGGGGGUGGGGCCUAACCCGGGGGUAGAUGAAGAAGAUGGGCUGAUUUUGGCCAAAGAUGUGACAGUAUUCAGAGAGGGCAGAAAGGUGUCAACUAAAGAACAGCUUGCUGAACUUGAUCAGGAGGAAUUUUCCCGCAGGAUGUCGUAUCGUGAGACGGAGGAAAGUCUCGCAUUUCAACAGGAGGACAUAGAAGACAGCUAUGGUCAGACGCAGCAGCAAAUCCAGGCUAGAAUCAGGAAGAUACAGGAAAUGGAGGAAGAAUACAAAGAACUUGACAAAGCACAUCUGCAGGAUAUAACUACUCAGGUAAAAUAG